UCAGCAAUCGGACAAUGCUCAAGACCACGAAUCAUGUCUGGAUGUCGUCUCUCGCACUGCUCCUGUUCACGCUAGCCACCCGUACUCUCGCCGCCAACCAGGCGCAAGAUCCUACGCAUGCAAGCGCGACCUCAUCAAGGGGCUCGCCGGUGUCGGUGCAAGUGCUCUCGCUGCUUCUGGUGCUCGGCUACACCUUCGGGACGGAGCGGUAUGCUCGCCAUGGCAGCAAGACCGCUCGAGCGGUGUCUGACAAUUCAUCGCGCUCCACUGUGAUUACAAUCGUCUCGGCCACCAUUUUCCCGUUUGCAGGGGCUCUGAGCCUAUUCGACCCACUGGCAAUGCCGCCGCUUCCAACUGUCGUCGUGGCAUUUUUAUUUGCAGUCGAACUCUUUGCCAUCUGGCUUCGUUACCAUUCUAUGCACAUUCUGGGCAUCUACUUUACACGCUCCCUCAAGGUCCAGGAAGGUCAGCGCGUGAUUCAAUCGGGCCCGUACGCGUACAUUCGCCAUCCGGGCUACUUGGCGAAUCUGCUCGCAUUUUUCGCCCAUGCCGUGUUGGUUUCCCAAAACUAUGGCGUCUUUGCGAUUGUCUUUUGCGCCAUGGCAGUUGUCUGGUCGGUGCGCAUCGAUCUUGAAGAGCGCAUGCUUGUGUCUGAGCUGGGGGCGGCGUAUGUCGCCUACCAGCAGCGAACAAAGCGGCUGAUUCCGUUUGUUUUGUAAAGUGCGGGAGAGCAUGCGUUGGAAUUCUGGUUGUGUUGUUGCGUUGUUGUUGUUGUUGUUGAUUUUGUUGUCGAUAGUGUUGCUGUGGCUGUUGUUGGCUGUGUAUUGCUUGUGCUGGUGCUGUCCGAUGAAUGGAUUGAAAAUGCUGCGCAACAAAAAACCACGAACACAUCUUGCUCGAGCUGCAGCCAACCUUCUCCAGCACCGUGGUCGACCUCUCUGGCUCGACGGACACGUGAAACCGUGCGACUCGCCUCCAAUCGGUGUGCCAGUGCAGAUGCCGAGGCCGCUGCGGUUUCGGGGGUUGCGGGGGUUUGGAGCUCCGCGCCACCCUUUGAUUACGCGCGCUUAUGGAUUUCGCGCGUGCAUGUUCGUUCUACCGCCCACAUCCUCCUCCUCCUCCUCCUCCUCCUCUUCCUCCCCC